AUGAAAUAAAUUUUAUGCCUUUGGCUUCUGAUAGGAAUAUCAUUAUGUGUCACAACAUCAAUAACUUAAUGUGAAUGCGCACAAUUGCGUUCUAAGACAGAUUGCACUUAGAGAACUUCACUUGGCUGCUCAUGGGAUGAGACAAAAAAUACAUGUACAACUGGUGUUGUAGUACCUCCUGUGACAAUAACUUAUGCAUCUUAUUGUUAAAGCAUUUCGCAAGCUGAUUGUUUUAAGACAAAAGGAUGUUUAUGGAAUACCGAUAAAUGUACUCACUUUACAGGAUGCACAGCAUUUAAUAAGACAACUGAUGAUGAAUGUAAAGCUAUAUCAGAUAGAUGCAUUACUGAUGGAGUUCAUUGUGUAGAAAUUGGAGAAUGCAAAUCAUAUUUAAAAUAAAUUCCAUGUGUUGUUGAUUAAAAUAAUAAAGAUUGUUUCUGGAAUAAGGAUACUUGUAUUGAUGCUACAUUAUGUGAACAAUACCCAAAAACUUUAACAACUGAUGAAUAAUGUAGGAAUAAGAAUAUUAAAUGUACAGUAGCAAAGGAAGGAAAAGGAUGUUAGGAUAGCGCUACAUCUUGUGCUUUAUAAGAUGGACCAGACUAAUGCAAGUUUGGAGAUUAAUAAUAAAAGUAGCCAUGUUUUUGGACUGGAGAAAAAUGUGUGAAUAAAACUUGUGAAAACGCUCCAAUUUCAUAUGAUACUCAUGAGAAAUGUUAGAACCACGAUUCAAGUUGUACUACAACUGGAUCAGGAUGUAGAAAUAUAACUACUUGUACAGAUGCAAAAAAUUUAGAGGGAUGUAAAAUCAAUAGUACUAAAUAAAAAUGUAUUUGGAUUGAAAACUAAUGUAAAGAUGAUAAAUGUGAUUCAGCACCACUUACAAGAAUUUCAAAUGGUUUAUGUGAAUAAUUCAAGCCAGGAGGAAAAUGCGUAACAAAGAAAGGAGGAGGUUGUAAAGAUAAUGGAGCUUGCAGCAGUUUAGAUGAAAUUGCAUGUGAGAAAAAUAGAGAUGGUGGGUUAUGUAUUUGGAAUGUAACAUGCAAAGAUAAAAUAUGUGAAAAUGCCCCUGCUUCAAAUGACACCCUUGACGCAUGUAAUUAAUUCAUUCCUGAUGCUUGUACAUUGAGUGCUACUGGUAAGGGAUGUAGAACCAGAACAUGUGAUAAUGCACCCCCUAGUCUCAAAUCAACAUCUGAAUGUGAAAAUUAUAAGAAAGGUUGUAUACCUAAAAAGGAUGGUGGUUGCUAAAAUGUAACAACCUGUGAUAAAAUUGAUAUACCAGAGAUAUGUCUCAAAGCUGGUCUAUAAGAAUGUGUUUGGGAUAAAGAUUUAAAUAAGUGUCUUGAUAAGACUUGUGCAAAUGCACCAGCAGAUUCAAGAACAUCACAUGAUAAAUGCAGUACUUAUAUGCCAUCUUGUACAGUUAAUGCUCAAAAGAAUGCUUGUAUUGAAAAGAUUUGUGAAAAUAUCGUAGAAUCAUAAGAUUGCUAACUAGAUAAAGACAAUUUAAAAUGCAAAUUUAGAAGCUCUUGUUACAAAUAAGAAUGUCGUUUAGCAUCAUAAAAGAUAACUACUCAUAAUGAUUGUUAAUAACAUAUGUUGUCUUGCACACUUGACAACACUGGAAAAGGUUGUAUGCCUAUUCCUCCAAAUUGUAGUGCCAUCAAAACACUAGAAGGUUGCGUUAAGAAUAACGCAGGUGGUGAAUGUGCAUGGUUUGCUAAUAAAUGCUAAGAUAAAUAAUGUAAUACAGCACCUUCAAAUACAAAUGAUAAUACUGCAUGCAAUGCUUAUAAAACUUAUUGUUUAGUAAAUAAUAAUGCAAAUGGUUGUAUUGAUCCUUAUACUGUUGCUUGCACAUAACGUUAAAAUGAUGAUAAUUGUUAUUCAUCUGUAGGAUUAAAAUGUGUUUUUAGCCCCUCUAAUAAAUGUAGAGCAAGAAGCUGUGAUACUGCAUCAGAUAAUACAAUUACAUAACCAAUUAGUAAUGGAUAUCUCUAAUAAUUUUCUAAUACAUAAUGUGACUCCUAUUUAGAAGGUUGCGUUCGUAGUAAUUCUGGUACUGGAUGUAGAACAAAAGCCACUGCAUGUAAGGACUACAAUGAAUAUAAUUGCUCUCAAAAAACAGCUUCUGGUAAAUCAUGUUUUUUGAACCCUGAUAAUUCCUGUGUUGAUCUAGUAUGUGAACAAAUUAAGUUAACUAAUCAUGAUAAUUGUGAGGCUGCCACAGAUAUGUCAUUUACAUGUACAGUAGCUAAAGGUGCUAAUCCAACUAAUUGUAUGACUAAAUAAGAGACUUGUGGAUAAUAUGAAGAGAAUCAAUGUAAAAGUACUAAAUCUGGAAAAAAAUGUAUCUGGGCUAACGGUGGAUGUAGAGAAGCAACAUGCUCUGAUGCAACAGAUGAUAGCUCAUAUAAUACUCAUGAUAAAUGCAAUAAAUAUGUUAAUACAUGUACUGUUGUCGAAAGAGUAGAUAAAAAAGGUUGCAUACCUAGAAAAGCUAAUUGUAGUGAUUAUACUUCUACGGGUUAAUGUGUUAAGAAUUCAGCUAAUGCUGAUUGUUAUUGGAAUGGAGAUAAAAAAUGUGUAACUUUUAGUACUAUGACAUGUGCUUAAAUUGUUCUAACUACAUAAUAUACAACUGCUAAUUGUGAAAAUGUUAAGAUUUCAUGCAAAGCUAAAGGCGAUGCAACAGCUUGUGAAAAUAAAAUUUGUACUGACUAUAUAAACACUAAUGGUAAAACAAGUGGUACAGCUGUUACAACUGAUGAUCAUUGCAAAUAAUUAUAUCCAGCUUGUACUAUUGAUAAUGGAACAAAUGCAAAAGCUUGUAUGAAUAAACUAGACACAUGUGCAGAUUAACAAGAAACUAAAUGCUCAUACUCAAAAGCAGGAUAAUGUGCAUAUGUUAGUAGUAAUUGCAUAUUAUAAUCUACAUAAUGUAGUUAAAAAACUGGAACUAAUUUAACAGUAUCUUAGUGCAGCACUUUUAAUCAAGCUUGUUCUGUUAAUCUUGCUGGUACUGCAUGCAUUGAUAUAUAAGCUGAAUGUGGAGGUUACACUAGUACUCUUGCAAAUUGUAGAAAAUCUACAGCUGGAUUAUGUAAGAUUAAUAGUACUCCAGCUUGUGUAAGUGCUGGAUAAGUAGUUUGUGCGGACAUUAUUAAAAAUGAUACUAACUUAUUAACAUAUUAAUCAUGUUAAGAUUUUAGUACAACAUGUUCUGUUAAAUUAGAUGGAUCUGCUUGUUUAACAGCUGCAAAUUGUAGUUAAUAUGUUGCAGAUAAUGGAGCUGAUUGUGUAAAGGGAUUAGAUGGAACUUGCUUUUGGUAUGAUGCAAAUGGAGGAGCAGAUCCUCCUGCAACUUGUAUAGCAAUAAAUGCAGGUACUGAGUGCUCCAAAGUAACGGCUUAAUCUGGACUUGAUGAUGAUACAUGUUAAUACUAUAAUUAAAGUUGUUAUGCUAAUUCAGAUGGAACUGCAUGUUAUGAAAAAAAAGCAAGUUGUUUAGAUUAUUCAUAGGUCUAGAAAAAUUGCAUAAAAACAUCAUCAGGAGCUAAGUGUUAUUGGUAUACAUCUGGAGGAAAUUCUUCUUGUAUUUAGAUUUAAACAGCCAGCACCGAUUGUCCCAAACUUCUUAAAACUUAAUUGGGGAUUAAUGCUACUACUGAUGACAUAUGUAAAGCAUACAAUCCUUCUUGUGUAAAAAAUAGUGAUGGCACUUCUUGCAUUGAAGUUAAAGCAUCAUGCUCAUUAUACACUACGUCAUCUACGAAUUGUGUAAAUACUUCAGGAGGAACUAAAUGUUAUUGGUAUACAUCUGGAGCAAAUUCUACUUGUAUACCAAUAACUUCAACAGAUUGUAGUAAAGUAACUGGAAAUGCAUUGACAUUUGAAAUAUGUUAAUCCUACAAUACCGCUUGUAGUGUUAAUUCUGCAAAAACGGCAUGCGAAGCUAAAUCAUGUACAAAUAAACCUGAUACAUUUAAUCAUUCUGCAUGUUCAACAUACUUGCCAAGUUGUACAGCAAAUAAAGCGAGUGAUGCAACUGCAUGCAAAAUUGCACCAACUAAAUGUUCAGAAGCUUUGGUAUUAGCAGAUUGUAUCGGUUCUGUUAAUGAUGGAGAAUGUGAAUGGAUUCAGGGUAGUGUAGAAGGAUCAUGUGUGAAAAAGACUUGUUAUACUAAAUCAAUUUCUAGUGUAUUAGAUCAUAAUACUUGUACAACUUAUAUGAGUAGUUGUACAGUAGCAAGAGAAGGUGGUUGUAUAACUAAAGGAGCAUGUAAUACUUAUUUAUCAGAAGAAUAAUGCAAUAAUGGAGGAAAUUGUUUUUGGAAUGGAAGAAAAUCAUUAACAUGUGUAGAUCGUAGUUGUGAUAAAAUUGAGGAAUCAUACAAUAAUCAUUAAUUAUGUAGUGGAAUUGCUACUUUGAAAUGCACUGUUAAGUCUAGUGGAUUGGGAUGUCAAAAUAGAUAAACAUCGUGUUCCAGUUAUAAUGAUAAAAAUUGUUAUCGAAAUUCAUCUGAUUAAGAAUGUGUUAUGGUGCCAUAGGAGGAUGGUUAAAGUAAAUGUAUGGAAAAAGCUUGUACUACUGCAGGAAGUUCAUUCACUGAUCAUGCAACUUGUUAUGAUUAUUUAAAGAAUAAUGCUGGGGACAAGUUAUCAGAAUAUUGUACCGUUGCUUUAGUGACUGCUGCAGAUGGAACCACAUCUGCAUCUGGAUGUUAAAAGGUUGGAAAUUGUACUGAUUAUGCUAAAGAAUAAUGUAUUGUAGAUUUAGAAGGGAAAUUAUGUGAAUGGGAUGAUGUAAAAAAAUGCAGAGUUAAAAAAUGCGAGACAGCUCCUGAAACAGAAAGUUAUGAUACUGAUGAAGAAUGCAAAGAAUAUUUAGAUGAUGGUUCAUGUACAGUUGUCAGAGAUGGUAUGGGUUGUGUUGUUAGACCUGAUAAAUGUGAAGGAAUGUCUCAAAAAUAAUGCAUUAAAGAUUAAACAGGAAAUGUUUGUGAAUAUUUAAAUGGUUAAUGCUUUACAAAAUCAUGUUCAACUGCUCCACCUGAUGUAAACACUAAAGAUUCAUGUGCUUAAUAUUCACCAGAAUGUACUUUAGAUGAAACUAAUAAAUGUAAACUUGAAAUUUGUGAAGAUUUCACAUUUACUACUGAUGAUGAAUGUGAAAAAGCAAAACCAGGUUGCACUACUGAUGGUACUAGAUGUGUUUUGAGAACUUUAUGUGAGUCUGCUAAUAAUAUAGCAGGAUGUGUUAGUGGACUUUAUGAAAUUAUAGAAAAUAAUUAGAAGAAACAAGAGAAGAGACUAUGUUAGUGGUAAACUGCAACUAAAACUUGUGUAUUGAGAAAAUGUGAAACGGCUCCUGUUUCUGCUGAUUUUGAUAGUGAAUCUAAAUGUGAGGCAUAUUUACCAGGUUCUAAUUGCACAACUAAAAAAGGAGGAGGAUGUGUUGUUAAGUCAACUUGCUCUGCUGCUACUGCAGAAUCAGCAUGUAAUAAUGUUGUAGGUAAACCAGAUGAUAAAUGUACUUGGGAAAAGGAUAAUGGUAAAUGUAGAGAUUAAGGAUGUUAGGAUUUUGUAUUCUCUACUCAUGCUGAUUGUAAAAAAGCUUCUCCAAAAAUUAAUUGUACUGCUGGCUAGAAUGGUAGAUGUACUACUUUGUCAACAUGUGAAGCUGCUCAAGUUAGAGAGGCUUGUAUAGAAGGCUUAUAUAAUGGAAAAUUAGAACCAUGUCUAUGGAUUAAUGGAAAUUGUUAUCAAUAUUAUUCAUGCAAGGAUGUAAAAUUGUUAACAAAAACUCACUAAGAUUGUCAAUAGAUUUCUAAUUAAUGUACUUCAAAUGGAGAAACUUGUUUAGCUAUUACUUUAUGCUCAGAAACAAACAUAUCAACUGAAGGAUGCAAAGUUGGAUAUGAUGGUCCUUGCAUUAAAACUGUUCCAGCACUUGAUUCAAAUGAACAAUCUGUUUGCAAAGCCUAUACUGCAUGUACUGAUGCAUUCUAUAAGACUCAUGAUGAUUGUUAAAAAGCUAGUGAUAAAUGCACAACCAAUGGCGCAACAUCUUGUGCUCCUCUAGGUCCUUGCUCAAAUUAUACUGUUAAGGCAGCAUGUGUUAAAAAUGACUUUGGAAUAGCUACUGAAAAGUCAACUGGUUUAAUUACAUCUACAGGUUAAUGUGUGUGGGAGAAUGAAAAAUGUUUUGAUGAGGCUUGUAAAGAUCUUCAAGGUGCUACUCAUUUCGAUUGUUAUAAUAAACUUAAAGGUUGCACUUCAGAUGGAAGCAAAUGUUUAACAAUUGCUGCAUGUGCAUCUUAUAAUUCUUCUAAAACAGCUUGUGAAACUGCUUUUGGAUCAGAUGGACCUGCUGGAAAAUGCUUAUGGGAUGCUGCAGCCAAUAAUAAUGCUGGAGCAUGUCGAGUUUACACAUGCGCAGAUAUAACUGGAGGCAUAUCAACAGCUGUAUGUCAAGCUGCAUUAUCUACAUGUGUUUCAAAUGGAACUAUUUGUAUAGAAAAAGCUAAUUGCAGUAGUGCAUCUUAUUAAAAUGCAAUAGCUUGUAAUUCUGAAGGAAAGGAUGGCAUUUGUAUUUUCACUAAAUCAACUGCUGCCGGUGCCACUCCUAACUAAGGUACAUGUGUUUUGAUGACAUCAUGUAAUUAAGCUAAGAAUGAUUCAACUGCUUGCUUUAAUGCUAGAGACAGAUGUUUAUGGACUCCAGAAUCAAAAACAGGAACAACAACUAAUCCUAGCAAAUGUGAUCCACAUUCAUGUACUACCUAUAAAUAAUAGAAUAAGGGAGUUUGUGCUAAUUUCUAUACUUUUGAUUAUAAAUCUUAAUAAGUUUGUGUACUUGAAGGUGCAGAUUGUAAAGAAAAAGAUCCAAGUACUCUCACUCAAUAAUUAUGCUAUACAGCUUCAGGAUACACAUAUACUUGGAACACAGCAACUUCUAAGUGUGGAGUAUGUACAGCGGUAUAAUAAAAUAAUAGUAAUAACACAACCACUAAUCCAAAUACAACAACUUCAAAUAACACAGAUGACUCAGGCUACAUUCUUGGUUUCACAACCAUAAUCUUGGGAUAUCUAGUAUUCUGA